CUUGAUUUCAUUUUCCUAAUGACUUAAAGUCUAAUGUGCUGCAGGAAAUAGUUAUAUGUUUGUUCUGUAAUUGAUUUAUUACUGUUCUAUUUUCAGUUGAGAUGAAAGUCUUGGUAGACUUGACUCAAGAUGAGGUAUCUGCUACAAACUUGGCGGACCUGAAGGAAGAUGAGAAAGUGACCAUCACAUUAGAUAAGGAGAAGUGUGAGAAAAACUACCUACGAUUUAAUGAUACAGGUGAUCUGGUGAGAGAAACCCCGGAGGCUGUUGAGAAGUAUGCAAAAAAAGGUUUUCCUUAUGAAUUGUGUGUACAGGGAAGUAAAACACUUAAAUCCAGUCGUGGCUAUUGGGUAGUUGAAUUAAAACAAACUAAUGUCCAAACUAAAAAGUCAUGGCUGAUUGGAGUGGCCAGAUUACCAUGUACCAUAGGUGCCAACAAGAGUGAUUUUACACAAUCAGAAGGGUUUUGGUUUCUGUAUUCAGACCCAGAAAAAGGUGUUCGUGUAAAUUCUGAACCAGAAGUUACACUUGUGGUAAAAACACCACCAGAGCGCAUUGGAGUUUUGCUAGAUUUUGACAAAGGUCAGCUUGCAUUUUACAACCUUACAAAUGGUGUGUGUCUCUUAACAAUGCUAAACAAUGUGAAAGGUGAGCUUGUCCCUCUGUUUAAUCCAGGUAUAGGUGAUGAGUCUCCACUUAAAAUAAUUAACCCACAGGUCCAAACCCAAAACCAACCUAAAGAGAGUGGUGGUGUUCAAGCUAGCAAUGCAAAUCAACAUUAAACUAUCGAACCUAACUCUAAUUAAGAAUGACUGGGCGUUACUUAUUAAACUGGGUAUACGAGGGUGAGUCAAAAAUUAUCAGCACUCCUUAUAUUAAAACUUCUGUUGGCUGCACUCACUGUCUCAUUACGGCUUUUUGUUCAAGGGUACUGUUUCCCCGUCACGGCUGUGCUGGUGUGAACGUGUUACUCAAUUCAUUUGUAACUGCAGUGCGAGCAAAAUUGGAUGCCCUGCUUGUGAUUUGCACGAAAGAAGAGCAGUGUACAGCAUUUUUUUUGCGGUCUGAUGUUACACCUGGUGCCAAAACUCACGAAAAAGCAUAAACAGAAGCGUUUGGAUAUCUGCAAACCAAUUUAGGAACGAUACUCUAAGUAAGGUGAAAGUUUCUUAAAAAGAAUCAUGCUUAUUGAAAAGCUGAAGCCUAAGCAUCGGAUUAAAUGUUGAGGGCCACACUGUCGACGCUCUGCAGAAUCUUUGGUUUAAAGUGUUAAAGCAUCCACUCUAUAGUCCUGAUCUUGCUUCAUCAGACUUUCACCUGUUUGGUCCCCUGAAAGCAGCCCUACGAGGACGGAGAUUCACUUGAAACAUUUUUAAGUAAACGAAUAAGAAAGCUUGUUGACAGAUGGACAAAGUGUAUUAAAAAAAAUAAGGAGAUUAUAUCCCAAAAUUAUGUACAGUGGAACCUUGGAUUGCGAGCAUAAUUCGUUCAAGAAGCUUGCUUGUUUAUCAAAGCACUCAUAUAUUAAAGCAAAUUUCACCCAUAGGAAAUAAUGGAAACUCAUAUUUGAUUUUGUUUCACAAACCAAAAAUAUUAAUAUAAAAAUAAUCCAUACAAAAUGUAAAGGAAAAAUAAAACAAAUUAACCUGCACUUUACCUUUGAAAAGAAUCGUGACUGGUGUUAGAUGAAACUUUUACACACUCACGCAUGUCAUUACAUUUGGACACAAAAUAAAAGUCAUUGACUAUACUAGUGACGCACAUGCACUGACACUGAGCAUGGGAGACGAUUACCCGCAAUCCCACAGUACGAGAGAGAAGAACCAUUGGCUCAAUUUGUGAUCACGGCGCUUGGCAAAAAAGGGCAUGCGGACUACAGUACCUAAAAACUACCCGCUUAACAAAUGAAAAUGUAUUAAAAAAAUUCUUGCAAAACACUCACAGAUUAAGUUGCUCGCAAUCCAAGGUUUUACUGUACUUGUCUUUUCUAAAAGUUAAUUAAAAAUAAAUUCUAAACCCCGAGUGCGGGUAAUUUUUGACUCACCCCCGUAAUUGUUUAGUUCAUAAACAGUAUGAAGGAGCAUUAAAAAAGGAAAAAAGAAAGUAGUAUUAAGUAACUUUAAACGUUUUACAUUUUAAAAUUAGACUCUACAAAUGUUUCUGAAUUUGUGUGUAUAUUUAAGUUUAUCACUUCUUAAAUUGAACAUGAUGAAAUUUCAUAAAACCGUAUAUAAUGAUACUAAUGGUACUUUGUCAAAAGAUUGUUACUUGUAAUACAUCCAUGUUGAUAUUCCUUCCUUGCAAGUUUAAGGGCCAUGACACUGAACAGAAGGGCCAGAACAGAAUCUCCUGACAUAUUUGUAAUUUUUACUUAAUACAGUGGGCCUGUAAAAGAAGCACCUAUUCACUACAUUUUUACAACUUUUUCUAGAUUGUUGCUUUUAUGUGUUAACUUAGUUUUUCUAGACCACUUCAAAAUAAGCUAAUUUAGGUUCUACUGUCCUUUUGUGCUCUGAUUCAAGUUUGAGUUGCUCCUCUUCAAUUCUAGUGAAACAUUCUUAAGAGUAUAUUUUAGGUAUUAAAGGUAUUGUUUAAAAAAUGUUCAAAUAAGCAAAACAUUUCUACACUACAAAUAGUUAUGACCUGUAAAGGUGAUAAAUCUCUUGUUAACUUGUAUUUUUAUUUUUAUAUGUGUAUUGUUUAUAUCUCUCAUCAGGGAUAAUGCUUAGUGUAUCUAGACCAUAGUUAUCAUUUGUGAAAAUGAGAAUCAUGUUGUUCAAAUUCUCUAAAGCAUUCACUAUUUUUGCCACUACAAUAAACCUUUUGAAGCUACCACACACACACAAUUCACUUACAGUAAAUGUACAAGUUGUAUGUCUUUUUUUUUUCCUUCCAAGAUCCGUUCUUCCUAAGAAGUAGCAACAUACAUGCAUUUCGUUAUCAUAUUCAUUAACUGUACAGUAAGCUAUUUGGGAUACCUUAUAUUUAUAUUGUGUGUGUGUGUAAUUUUUUUUGGUUUGGUUUGGUGGAGGGGUUUGAUGAUAAAAACUAAACCUAACUCUGAAUCUAGAGGACUGAUUGUAAAAGACUGGGCAAUUUAAGGAGCUAGUUAUGUUAUAGGGCAUUCAAAAAUUUUUAUUGUUAUCUAAAAAUGACACUAGACAAAUAUAAUUUUUUGAGAAAUUGUGAUGUAGGGGUUCUUACUUAUAUCAGAGGAACCGUAGGUGCUAGGGCUUUGGUUCUUGGAUUUUCUCAGAGAGGCCUUUAAACUGAGUACAGGAUGGCAAUUUUUCAGAAGCAUUUUUAGUGUCACUCCUGAACACUCCACAAACCCCAUUAAGGUCUAAGGAGUGAUUCUGCAUUGAUUUCAGUGCCAUCUUUGAAGCUGCGGAUUAUUUUUGAUUGACAUGAUUUUUACCAAAGUAUUAGUUUCAAGAGGAUACAGGACAGCAAAAUAGAAGUAUUAUUUUAUUGCACUCGGGAGACCUGGUUCUGUGGUGGUGCAGGCAAAUUCCAGGGCGAUAGAGCUGCCUGGUCCUGAAUCAGAAAUACAGGAAUUUUGGGAAAACCACAUCCGAUCCCUUAGAAAAGUAAUAGCUUAAGCAGCCCUAAGGGGCAUUCCCACUAAACUGUUUUACUUCCUGAACUUUUUAUAGAUAAUACUGCUAGGUCACACACAAUUUUUUAAAUAUAAUCUGGCUUCUUUAUUGUCCAGUUUUGGAGCAUGAUUAUCUGAUGUAAUAUGGACGACAGAAGUAGUGCAGCUAUGUGAAUUAACUUUGCUUUUACUUUAUAUAACGGAUUGUUGAUGCAAAUGUGAUAGAAACACACACUCAUAAAUACCUGUUUGCAUUUAUAUGUGUAACUUUCUCUACUCACAAAUAAAUUAUGUAAAUAUUUGUUUGGAAAUAAACAGCGUUUUUUUGAAGUUGG